UUGGGAUAAGCUCUCUCUGUCUCCAUUCCGGGAAUUUCUAUCUGUCACGCCGUGCAACAAUACCAUUGGAUCCUCUUCCACGGAGAUACUGUAUGCAGACCCAACGCCGAGAACCGAUAUGGCCAUUUUUUGACAGCAGUUCAUCAGUCGUCUGCUGAUCUUCAGGUCCCCCGGGGAGGGGCAAAGGGGAAAAAAACAAAGAACUGGUCCAAGAUAAGCCUGUGAUAGCCUGCCCCACUAGGCACAUCCUACAUGGAGCUAAUCCGUCGAGUCGGCGAGGUAGAACCUGGCAGUGGUGGGUACCUGGGAACUGCUUGAGCUGGAAGGUUAUGUCUGCUUGUAAUGAGAUGCCCUUGGGUGACCAGCGCAGCGCAGCACCGGCACCGGCACCUGGUCACGGUAGAAUUUCGACGAGGUGGGUGUCUGCUCUGUGCAAGUCAGUCAGUCAGCCGCCGCGGCUGCAGUGGUUGGAAAAAAAAAAGUGACGUAUGAUCUCAACGCCGCCCCGGGCCAAAACCCCUCCACUGCCCCUCGUAGCUUCAACCACAACACCCUCUCCAGCACCGACGGCCAUGCCUCCCCCUCGGAAUCUGCGAGCCUUCCUGGCCCUCGCGAGGAACACCUUGACGGCCCCGGCAGCCCAGCGACAGUCGCCCCUGACCUUUGUCGUGGGCAAUGAAUCUGCCGACCUCGACUCCCUCUGCUCGGCCCUCGUCUUCGCAUACCUCCGCAGCCACUCCCAGCCCAGGUACAAUCUGCACAUCCCUCUUGCCAACAUACCCCGAGAGGACCUGCGCCUGCGCCCUGAGCUCAGCAAGGCCCUGAGCUAUGCCGGUGUAGGCGCCGACGACCUUCUGACCCUGUCAGAUCUCGACGAGGUCGUCACUUCCCACGGCCUGGAGCCCAGCGACACCAGGUGGCUGCUGGUGGACCACAACGCCCUGACUGGCACCCUCGCAGAGCGCUUCGCAGGCCGCGUCGUCGGGUGCCUGGACCACCACGACGACGAGGGUGUGGUCUCCCAGGAUACCGGGGAUGAGCCCCGGGUGCUGCGCAAGACGGGCAGCUGCAUGAGCCUCGUGGUGGAGUACUGCCAAGACGCCUGGGAUUCCUUGUCCAGCACCACCAGCCACGACGACCCUGGUGGGGAUCUGGAUGCCCAGCUUGCCCGUGUCGCACUGGCCCCCAUACUGAUUGACACAAACAACCUCAAGUCAAAGGCCAAGACGACGCCCACCGAUGUCAAGGUUGUCGAGCUUCUGGAGGCCAAGAUCGCUGACAGAGACUUCGAGAGGAAGAAGUAUCACAAGAAACUGAGUAAGCUCAAGGAGGAUAUCUCACAGCUGUCCUACCGCGAUAACUUCCGCAAGGACUUCAAGUCCUGGACCGAGGCCGGUCUGGUCCUGGGAACAUCCAGUGUCCCUCAGGGGUUCAAGUACAUGCUCGAGAACAUUGGUGACCAGGAGACACUCCUGCGCGAGUUCCGCGCCUUUGCACAGGACAAGAAACUCGAUAUCGCGGCCAUCAUGACGUCCUCCGCCAAGGAUGACGGCGUCUUCAAGAGGAACCUGCUCGUCUGGGGCCUCAACGAGAAGGCUGUCAAGGCUGUGCAGAGGUUCGUCGAGGCGCAAAAGGAGAGCCUUGGGCUGGAGCCUUUCCACCACAUCGAUCUUAGCGGCGGAGAUGGCCAGCAUGAGAUACGAUACUGCUGGAACCAGCAUCAGACAGGCAACAGCCGGAAGCAGUUGGCUCCUAUGUUGAGGUCUGCCAUGACGGAGGCGUCAAAGCUCUGAUCGUCAAAUGAUACCCUUCCUGAACUGGGAGGGCAUGCGCACAUGUUGUUGCCCGUAUAUAUAAGAUUGUGGCAAACUGAAGUACACGGUGACUGUUAUCUAUGUACUCCGAAAGGUAUGUUGAGUGUCGCAUGCCCGACAACUCAUCCAUUUGAGGUGUCCAUCCAGCCAGGUGUAAACAAGCAACAUGUCGCGACCAUCACAUCAUGACUCUCGAGAAGGUAACAAGGGAGCCACGCAUUCCGUCAGCAGCCUGUCAUCAGGGUCAAACCGCCCUCUCACAAUGUCUUGUACAGCAUCAGAUGGCUGCCACAAUCGCAUCCAGCCACUUCGCAAGCCUGCAGUCAAACAUUAGAACCCAUUUAAUGCCCGUGGUAUUGACGGUCGAACAUGGAGACACGCACCUGUAACCCUGCUUGGCGAUUUGCAGCUUGACCACCGGGCUCGCCGUCGUCGUAUACGCGCCACUGAGGUCGUUACUCUCGACGUACGAGAUCCCCUUGGCCAAUACUGUACUGCACACCGCAGCAUUGCUCUCAGUGGCCCACUUCAAGGAGCUGCUGACCGCGUCUUGGACGUUCAAGCCGCUCACCCAGCCGGCCGCGCUGGACUUGUACGUGCCUGUCUGGAUAGCUGUUGUGCGUAAAUCACAUGGGACGGUUAGCCAUCGGCCCUCCUGGCACGUCAACGGCUGAUCGCCGCGGCCUUACCUGUUGUGAGCGAGCUUGCCCAGGUCUUCGCCCCGCUGAGAGACGAGCUGCCAGCAACAGAUUCAGGAAUCUGCGUGUCCCAUAUCGCGUGCAGGUUGGUGCUGUCUCCGUCAUAGGUCACGUCGAUAUUAUUGCCUCCGACGUCGAGAUUCUCGCAGUGGAGGGGCUGGCCAAUGUCGCCGAUGAACUAUAACAAUGUCAGCCCAAUGUCGAACACAGAGUCGCAAUCUAACAGGCAGGGGCUUACAUGAAUAAUCAUCUGGUACCGCCGUCAGUCAAACCUGGUGGCACGGAGUCGAGCGAAUCUCAAUGAAGCACAUACCUUUGCCGC